GCAAAAUCCAUCUGAAAACGCUUUAUGGUUCAUGUUAUAAAAUGUCCAGCUCAGGUGGCGUUCUCGGCCUCGCUUGUAAACACCAGCUUAGAAUGGAGAUUUCAGGGGCCGCAUGACACCGACACCAGGUUCGUGUUUGAGAAGGUGACAACAAACAACGGCAAUGGCUACAACGCCAACACAGGCAUCUUCUCUGCCCCCAUCAAAGGACUGUACUACAUCCGCUUCACCGGGCUGACUGGAAACUCCAAGUCCAUGCAUGCAGCUCUGAUGAAGAACGGCGAGAACAUGUUUGCGGUCCAGGACACGGUGGGACCACACAGCAGCACCUCCAAUGACAUGACACUGGUCCUGGAACAGGAUGACCGCCUCUGGAUCACCCUCUUGAAAAACAGCAGCAUCUUUGACCAAGGUCGGCUCAGCACCUUCACUGGCUUCCUCGUCUUCCACAUGAGCGGAGCCUGA